AUGACUGACUCUCACUUGUCUAGCUCCGUGGGAAGCUACAACAGCAGCUCUCCCACCACCAGUGACUGGAACAUCACCGGCAGCGGCCCGUGGUUGUUGGCAUUCAUGCUGACCGUCAUCAUCCUUGUGACGAUCUGUGGCAACGUGUUGGUCAUCGCUUUGGUGUUUGCACAUCGCUCUUUGCGUUGCACCUCAAACUGCUUCCUGGUCUCGUUGUUCUUCUCCGACCUAAUGGUGGCGUUGGUGGUCAUGCCCCCAGCCAUGCUCAACGUGCUGUGUGGGGCCUGGGUGCUGUGGCCUGCUUUUUGUCCGGUUUGGCUUUGCUUCGAUGUCAUGUGCUGCAGCGCAUCCAUCCUGAAUCUGUGUGUGAUCAGCCUGGACCGUUACCUCUUCAUCAUCUCACCGCUGCGCUACAAGCAGAGGAUGACCCCACCUCGGGCUUUACUUUUGGUAGGAGCUGCUUGGGGUUUGGCUGUAUUAGCCUCCUUCCUGCCCAUUGAGAUGGAAUGGCACAUUUUAGGCCACAGAAAGGAAUAUUUACCAUUUCGAGAAGCCAGCAUCCGUAGCAACAGCUCCAUCUCUGACAAACUGUAUCCAGAGUCCUACUUUCAGCUGUCACCAUCAGGAGGUGUGUCCUUUCAGUGCCGCCUGCAGGUCACCCUGCCCUUUGCUCUGGUGGCGUCAGUGCUUACCUUCUUUUUGCCAUCCAGCGCCAUUUGCUUCACCUACUGUCGGAUCCUUCUGGCCGCACGGCGACAGGCAAAGAGAGUUGCAGCACUGAGCCACCCUCCUCACCCACAUCCCUCCCUUGGAGAGCCUUCCCGGCCUCCUUCACCUGGGAUCGCAGGAAGGCAAGCUCAACAGGAUGGAUAUGAUUCCAGUCAUCAAGGGCCUCUUCUUAUGUUACAAAAUGUACCGCCGUCUGUGAACAGCGAGCGACGUCUAGCUCACAGACAGGGUCGGAGGGCACUGAAGGCCAGUCUCACACUGGGAGUCCUUCUGGGGCUUUUCUUCAGCGCUUGGUUGCCCUUUUUUAUCACCAACAUGGCUCAGGCAGUGUGCAACUGUGUCCCCCUUGAGCUCUUUGACGCCAUCACUUGGCUGGGUUACUGCAACAGCACGAUGAACCCCAUCAUCUACCCACUGUUCAUGAGGGACUUCAAGCGAGCUCUGGCAAAGCUCCUGCCCUGCUGUGCCUCACGGUCACCAAGAAGACCAUCACCAGCGCUCUCCAUCUCCCUGAGAAACUCAGGAGAGCCCAACAUCGCCAGCAGCCCGCCCUCACCUCUGGCCUCUGACCCCACGCACCCCCCUGCCACUGCCACAGAUGCCGUCAACCUGCUGGAUGCUGAGCAUGCUGGGAUUGAGUUGCCUCUGCUCCUUCCCAAUCAGGUUGACACUUUGGACUGA